AUGUUUUUAAAAAAACCUGUCGCUCAAGGUCGUGGAAAGCGAGUAACUUUAAAAUCGACUAUGCCGUAUCUAAUGGAUGAAGAAGUUUCUAGCGAUGAAUCCAUCGAAUGUAAAGAUGUGGAGAUUGAUUACGAAAAUUUGUCCAAAAAUACUACAGGACCACCGAGUUAUGCAUCUCUAGCUCAGAAAGAUUCAGCAAAGAAACCGAAAAACCCAGGUGAUUUACAUACGAGUAAAGGAAAGGUGUUGAAUUAUCUUCGGAUACCGAAAGCUGUUGAUUUCAUGUCUCCAGAUCUAACUGAAUAUGUUACAGAAACCCAAAGGGCAGGCCUAAUUGCACAACUUAAAGCUAAUAAAGACUAAUCCUACGAAAUUUCUUAAUUUUUUCUCACAACACAUGCUUAGCCUAAACAAUAGAUGUCUUAAAGUAUAUGUUAAAAAAUGGUACAUGUUGAAUAUAAGUAUGUUUGCUUUGCCGCGUUUUAACUGAACACAUCCAAAAUCCUGUAGAUCUGUCAAACCAUGUUUUUGUAUGUUCACGAAUAUUCGAGUAGAUGAUUCAGUAUUAAACAAUGAUGUUUCCUGUUUUUUCACCACCUAUGCGAAUUAUAAAUUCUCGAAUUUCUAGUUCUCGACUGGGUCCUUUUGGCACAAAAGUUUUCUUUAGAAUUGGGAGGCUGAUUUAGCCUUACCUUACUUGUCGAAAACAAGUUUAGGAAUUAUCCUCUUUUGGCACGAACCUGGCAGUUAAUUACACCCGGGCAG